AUGACUAUUACUGAGUACACUAAUAAGUUCAAAGAACUGUGCUGGUUUUUCUGCAUUUGUCAAUGCGCUCCAGAGGAUUUUGUUGAAUGGAAGUGCAUAAAAUAUGAGGGAGGACUCCAGAGUGAUAUUCUGAGCUCCGUUGGGACAAUAGAAAUUAAAGUAUUCUUCGAGCUUGUAAACAAAAGUCGGGCGGCUGAGGAGUGUCUGAGGAAGGCAGUAGUGGAGAGAAGAAGUCAGAGGAUGCCUUUUCAGAGGGCUCAAGGAAGGAAUUUCACACCGAGAGGAAGAAACUUUAAGCGUGGAGGCUUCGUCCCACAGUACAAUCAGGGUCAAAGCAACUAUAGGAGGCCGAAUAACACUGCUAAUCAAGGGAGAAGGUAUGGGAAGCAGCUACAGACCGAUCUAAGUUGUCAGAGGUGCGGGAAGUAUCAUCUUGGAGUCCCGUACAAAUUGGGAUCAGGGGGAUACUACUUUUGUGGACAACCCGGGCACCUGGCCUGGAAUUGUCCAGAGAAGAAGAAGUAUAAGACCGGCAGAGUACAGCAACCGGAAAGAGUAUUCACUACUUCUGCAGCAAGUGCUAAGGGAUCCAAAACACUGAACAGAGGUAACUGUGAAGUAGCUGGUAAAUCCUUAACUGCUUUGUUUGAUUCUGGAGCGACGAAUUCAUUUAUAGCAUUUGAUAAGGCUAGUGAAAUAGGAUUGAAGAUUGUGGUCUUAGGUUAUGAUCUGAAGGUGCAUAAUGCCACUUCUGAAGCCAUUGUGACUAUGUUAGGAUGUCCACAAGUGACGUUCUGA